AUGCCCAGGGAGGCUGCAGAAGCAGACAGCAUGGGAAGGGCCGAGGGUGCAGUGCUGGCAGAGCCUGGGGACCCCGACAGCAGCGAGUCCGGAGCCAUCAGCUUGCGCCCCGUGGAGUCCAUCAGCGACCUGUACUGGGCCUCGGGCGGGCACAAGGGCACAGAGGGCAAUGGCCCAGCUUCCUCCAGCAGCCUGCGCCGGCCCCCACCUGGGCCCGUGUCCCGGCCCACCCUGCGCCCCGUGCCCCCCGCCAGCCCCUGCCCCUGCCUCGGCCCUGGCCACCCCCUGCUGCUGGCCCUGCUGGCGCUCCUGGCACUGUCGAGCCUGGUCCUGGCCACACUGGCCAUCUACCUGAGUGUCCUGCAGAGCCAGUCAGUGCGGGCACUGGCCCAGUGGCUGGAGAGCCAGGAGGACGCCGUGCACCAGCUACGAGCAGCCAGCAGGCAGCUCUGGGCUCACCUCAACACCAGUGCCCAGCCUGGCGGGCACCGCUGAGCUGCCCCUGGCCCCACCACGGGCUCUGGGCUGCCACGGGAAGGGGCACCGAAGGGCAGGAGGGGGGAGCGGGC